GUCCCAAUUCUUCAACGCCCGAUAGGUAGUUUUCUUACGCUCCCCGAGCUGUUAAAGGUUAAAUUACGUCGUGGGCGUAACGGCUCCUUGUAAUGGCGACCGUGCCGUAGAUGUGCCUAGGUUUGUGAAAAUGAAGCGAAGAAGAAGUUAUUUCUUUUAAGUAAAACGCCGAGGUUCCCCGGUGGAGGACUUUGCGUCUAUAGCCAGCGUCUUUAUAAGCGGUAUACUUAGCUGUACUUUUGAACUUUUUGUGCCCCCGAAAUGAUGAAGCUCAAGUCAAACCAAACCCGGACGUACGACGGGGACGGCUACAAGAAGCGGGCCGCCUGUCUGUGCUUCAGGAGCGAGACCGAGGAGGAGGUGCUGCUGGUGAGCAGUAGUAGACAUCCUGACAAAUGGAUAGUUCCUGGAGGGGGAAUGGAGCCGGAGGAAGAACCCAAUGUUGCUGCAGCUCGGGAAGUGUGUGAAGAGGCCGGUGUGAAGGGGACUUUAGGCCGCUUAAUCGGAGUAUUUGAGAACCAAGAGAGGAAACACAGAACCUACGUCUAUGUUCUUAUUGUAACAGAGGUGCUGGAGGACUGGGAGGACUCGGUCAACAUUGGGAGAAAAAGGGAAUGGUUUAAAAUAGACGAUGCCAUACAAGUGUUGCAGUGUCACAAGCCUGUGCAGGCCACCUACUUUGAGGCUCUCCAGGAGAGUUGCCUGACCAGUAACGGAACACCUUUGGUGACCACGAUAGGUGGAGACCUCUCACCUACCUACAGCAUCAAUCAGAGCUCCGUUUCGGGUAUCAGAUAACUAAAAGCGUAACUCUGACACCCCCAGGAGCUUUCGCCACCACUUGCGCUCUUACUUGUGUCAUUUCUCUUCUUUUCUUUUCUUCUCUUCUCUUCUUCUCUUCUUUUUUUUGUCUCAAUAACAUGGUUUGCCUUGCCAACCCCUUUGUGCCAGAACUGUGGCACAGACUUGAUGACAAGUGUUGGGUGAAUUGUCUGAAACACUUUGUACAUGUAAAUGUAAUUUUGAACCCCUCUUCUUUUUUUUUUCUUUUUUUUCUUAUUACUGACAACUGCAUGAAAUGUCCCCUUGCUCCUUUCAUUCUCUUUCCUUAAUGCGCCCUUAGCGUGGUGUUUAUUGAAUGCAAGAACUACUUUUUACUGUUGUAAUGUAAAAGUGUAUACGUAGUGCUUAAGCUGAAGGCUUUUGGUGGUCUUUUUAAUGUCUCCUCCAUUUUUUUUUUUGUUAUUUUUCUGUGAAUGAAUGUGCCCAUUAGUGUAGUCCCUCCCCUGUUUAUAAGGAUAGGAAAUGUUGUCUGUAUCUGAAUGAACAGAAUUGUGAGAAGUGACUUGUCUUGCAUGAGCACUGUUAUGUUGUGUCACAAUCGCUCAAGUGACCUGAUGCUGACUGUGCAACAGACUUGUGGUAAGGUCUUUGGAUUCUCUUCAUUUUGCUCCCUAUCGUGGUUGUUGAUGUCUCUUUUUUAUCAGAAGGAUAUGGCCCCUCAGUAGUCAUCCAAUUUCAAGUGUAAAGUGUGAUCUCUCUUAUUUGGGAACCUAGCCAAGCACUACAGGUUUCACUCUAAAACAGAGCAUAUAUACUGUACAGGGAGUGAAGGAAUGUCAACAUACAAUGUAAAAUGAAGCACCCUUCUCCUUAGUGUCUUUACCUCCUUUUAAUCCCUUUUUGUUUUUCUUUUUUAAAAUGCUUUCUUGUGACUGACUACAAAGUCUUCCUCCAUAUACUGAGAGGGUAGAAGUAGUAGAUUUCAAAAUCAUGGACUUGUAAUUUCAAAAUGCAACACAUAUCACUUAAGUUAUUAAAACCCAUUUCCUUAUUUUACUCCUCACAUUCAGUUUGGUUAAAAGCAAUUGUUUACAUUGUGUUCGUAACAUAGCACAGGUGACUUUAGUGGGCACUUUUUCAUUAUCGUCUUUUUUUUUUUUUUUUUAAACCCUUCUUUCUUUAGUAUUUAAUCUGCAUCCCCAAAAACACUCAAAACACCUGCUUGACAUUGAAAGUAAUUGAAUCUAUAAUGCUGUCUUUGGCAAGAUGCAGAACAAACAAGCCUUGUACAGUUUGAGACCUCGUUUUUAACAUGUAAAAUGCUUUUGGAUACUAGUUUUUGGGGUUUUUUUUGUUUGUUUUGUUUUGUUCUUCUCUCUAACGUCUGGCAAAAGUCUCUUUAGCCGAGCUGCAUCACUUGGCCUCUGUGGCGUGAGGCAGCUGGCUCAAUACUGUGAAACUGGAGGCGCUGUAGAUAGCAUGUAAGAGGUUUUUAUUGUAAAUUGUUUAUUUCUGUAUAGAUCAAAGGUGAGAGUACAAAUGACAAAACACAUCUUACACAUCUGUGAGUGCUACACAUCAUUUCAACUGAGGCUGGAAGAACUGAUUGAACUUAUGGAGUUGGUUUUGGAGCUGUCUGGAACUUUCUCUUGAGAUAGUACAGAGUACAUCUGAGGCUAAAGAACAAGGAGUGUGUCUGUGAUUGUGGGUGAGAGCAAAGAGCCUAUUUAUAAUCGAAUAUUCUCAGAAUCCUUCAUCUUUUUUUAAGACCAAAACAAAUUUGUACCAGUAAGGGACUUCUGUUUUUUUGUUUUGUUUUCCCCUUAUCUUUGGCCAAGCUAUAAAAUGAAGUACAACUGAAGUCUGAAUUUCCAAACCGCUAUUUAGUUUAGCCUAAAGUCUUUUUCAAGCUAGAAGCUGGUCCACCAUUUUCAGUGUCUUUCCCUUUAGAGAGUUUCUUUCAGUGGUCUUCCUUAAAAGCUCAAAUGUCAUACUAUGAGUUUCUGCCUAUUGUUAAACAUGCAAAAACUGGUCUCCACCAAACCCUGAGGGAAAUAUCUGGCUCUUUUUAGCUGCUAAAUGCUCCACUGUGUUCACCAGCUAAUCACAAUUUCUUUUCUAACAUUUCAUGCUAGGAAGGUAGCAUACAAUUGGUUUGUGUAGCUUUUUCACUGAAAACAGCUGCCCGCUGUGAGAGAGCAGUGCUAGUGAAACAAAACAAUAAAAAUUGGCGUGUAAAAUCAUAACAGUGAGUGAUAAUUCUCAAUGCAUUCAUCAAUACAAACAACCCCUUUCAUAUUCAGGUAGUCAUAUGAACCAGUGCUAAGUGAUGGUAAACUUUGAGCACCUGAUCAUUUUGAUAAAGAGAAAACUAGUUCCGAUGAGGUUUUGAUCAUGUGUUUUUGGCUAAUAUUCAUGGGAGUUGUCACUUUUGAUUGCAAACAAAAUAAAAAUAAUUUUAUCUCGGUAAAAAUGAAGAGGUGCUCAAGGUUUACCGUCCAGUAAAGUUCUACCUGCCUACUUAACCUUGAAUAUGGGCAGAAAACUCCAGUAUCAUGAUUUAAAAACUGAUGAAAAUACCCUUCAUGGUAAAUUACACUGAGACCUGAAAGCUAGUGAAACAAACGCUAACCUAGAAAAAAGGUGGGAAGGCUCUUUAGUGAAAGCAGUGGCUAUCACUUGGUGGUGACUUGUCUUUCUUUCUCUCUUCUCCCAUUCGCCAUCAAAGGGGAUUUCACUGUCCCAGCAACCUGAGCUUUACACAACCUCCUCAUAGUGGCCUGUGAUAAUCCAGGAAUUCAAACGUCUAUACUGAAUGACAGAAUAGGUGAAAGGAGUCGAAAGUCUCCUCCACAACAAUUUGAGACUUUGAACUGGUUUUACUGCUGUGUAUCAGAAAGAUGUGGUGGCCAAAGUCUUGCUUUAUGAUGCCCUACCUGGCACUUCCUGAGAGAUUCUGUGUUAACUAGAGCUUUUAGUCUUCAUCUAAAUGUGCAAUUAGACGGUAAAGGGAUUAAGCUGUAUAUGGCGGAAAAACAAAACUCGACCCUGGGUACUUGGCAAUGAUUUAAUUCACUCUACAUGGUUUGAUGUGGUUGACCGAUACUGUCAAAAUGAAUGUGAGGAGGAUUUCCAAAAGUAACAGCCAGUGACUUAAUAAUUAACGACCACUUGUUCUUUAUCCAUAUUUUGUUCUGUUUUUUCUUUAAUCAGUUAAGAUAAUGUCUUGCAUAUAGCUAACAAAGCACCCUUACAGCCAGAGGACGCACUUUGGCUUUGGUCAAUAAGGAUCAGUGUUUUUUUUUUUUUUUUUUUUAAUAACUCCCUUGUAACUCAAAAUCCAGGCUCUGUCUUCGAUUGGGUAAUUUAGACUGAAGUUCAGGUGGGAAUUUAUGAAAUAAAUAUCUCCACAUAAAUGGAGUUCUCUCUUUCUUCCUAGAGAUUUCUGCUGUUGUAAUUGGCUCUUUUGUACCAGGUUUAAGCUUCCGAACUUGGGCAAAACGGGGGAUUUAUUAGUGAAAGUACAACUGGAGCUUCAGAUAAAGUCCCUUCUUUUAAUUUACCAAAGCUGAUGGUUUAAAUAGGUAUUGCCAUGUGAAUUAGCUGGCCCCAUCUAGUGGCCAAAGCAAGAAAUAUCAAGAGCACAUCACUUAACAGCUGAGGAUUGUAACAUUCAGUUUCCUUUAGCAUGAUGGUCAGGCCAUUUUAUCAAAUGAAUGACUUUAAAAUAUAUAUAUAAAUUGACUUAAAAGGAUUGCCCCCAAAAUACUUAGAUUGAUUAACAAAACUAAACACAUGUGCACUUGUUGCCAUUGACCUCAGCCUUGAAGUUACAUACUCGUAACUGUAUUCUCCCAAGGUGUACGUGUCACUGGAAUUUUCCUUUUCCUCUCUUUUGUCAUUUGGGAGUGUGGAAUAAAACCAGUGCGAGAAGACUGAAGAUUGUAAUAUAAAUGUGCCAACAAAUAAACACCAGUAUUUCACAUU